AUGUCAGCCACAAGUACUACUGAAAGUAAGCAAACCGCUACACUGAAGUUGGGUUCAAAAGAUGAUAAAGCAUACUUGAAGAAGGAAAACUAUGGGGAAGCUGGUGUUCACAAUAUCGCACAAGGUGAAUAUGAAUAUGCUCAUAUCAAACCAAAAUUUGAAGAUAAACACAAAGAACGUCAAUGGCUAUUAGAACACAUGGCUGGUGUAUUCAGAGUCUUUGGUAGAAGAGGUUAUAAUGAAGGUGCUGCUGGUCAUAUCUCUGUAAGAGAUCCAGUUGAUCCCGAAACUUUUUGGAUUAAUCCAUUAGGUAGACAUUUCAGCUUGAUGAGAGUUAGUGAUUUGGUGCAUGUUGAUAAAGAAGGUAAGGUUAUUGGUGGUAACAAAGCUGCUGUCAAUGCCGCUGGAUUUCAAAUCCAUUCAGAACUUCACAAGGCAAGACCAGAUGUUCAUGCAGCUUGUCACACUCACUCAGUCUAUGGUAAAACUUAUUCAACAUUUGGUAAAGAGCUUGAGAUGUUGAAUCAAGAUGUUUGUAUGUUUUACAAAAGUCAUUCCGUCUAUACAGAUUUUGGAGGUGUUGUAUUAGAAAAGGAAGAGGGACAAAGAUUAGCCAAAGCGCUAGGAAAUGGGAAGGCCAUUAUUUUACAGAAUCAUGGGUUACUAACAGUGGGAUCUACUGUGGAUGAAGCUGGUUAUUUGUUCACGUUAAUGGAAAGAUGUUGUGAAGUUCAAUUGUUGGCAGAUUCUGUCAAAGGCUACGAAAAGAAGAUUAUUGGUGAUGAUGAGGCCGCUUAUACUGAACAUAUGACAGGUGAUCCAGAAACAUUAUACUCCGAAUUCCAGCCUGAUUACGAGUUAGAAGUAGAACUUACGAAUGGUGCCUUCUUGAAGUGA